GGGGGAGCGGGUCAGGAGUUGUUAAAGUUGAAAGUUUGUACUGACAGAAAAAUUCCCCUUCAGUGCGGUGACGUGAGGAGUGAUCUCACCCAGACUCCGGCACGGAGGGACUUGUUUUGUUAUUUGUGAACCUUCCUGGUGUUUGGAGCCGCGCUCGGGCUAUGGCGAGCUUCAAUGGGACGUCCGGCAGCGGGGACAGGCAGAGGGCAACGCCGGGACCCGGCUCGACUAACGAAAUUCUAAGCAGACAAUCUGGAGCAAUCAUGCGAAGGUUUUUUCUGGAGACAAUCCAGGAAGAGGAUCCAGAAGUACAACUGAGCCCAGAGGAUCUUGGUGGGGCCCCAAGUGAGAUUAAUGAGCCCAGCGUUAUGGAGAUAUGCAAAAGUUUGAAGAAAAUUGGGGAUGCGUUGAACAAAAAUGCUGAACUUCAACAUGUAAUCGAUGUAAUUCCUGUUGAUAACAUCCGAGAGGUAUUACACAAAGUAGCGGAGAGGAUAUUAACUGCAGAAGACUUGAACUGGGGACGAAUUGUGACCUUCCUCUAUUUUGCUGGCAAACUUGUCUUUAAAGCCCUAAAAAGUGUGAAGACAUUGAUUCGACAGAUAAUAAAUUGGUCUUUAGAUUUGAUUCAAGCCCGUGUGAUCCCAUGGAUUGAGCAACAGGGCGGAUGGGAGACGAUCUUUUCAUACAUGGGGAGUUCAACGUGGCCGACAUUUGUUUUCUUCUCUGCGGGCAUAAUUACUGGCAUUUUGGCAUUUUUGAAACUGACCUAACAUCAGUUUGGCUCUUUGCUUCCCAAGUACAGACUCCAGCCUUCGAUGGUUUUCUCACAUCUGAAGGGAAUCUCUGCACAGAUCUGUUAUACUUGAAAUGAUUGCUGAUAAUGAACUUGCUGAACAUUGGAAAAAUUUACAUAUAUCCUUGUUACUUGAUUUAAAUUUUUUAUUACAGCUUUUUAGAAUUAGUUUUUUAUAUGUCUGCAGUGGAUCACCUGCUCCAAUUUUGCUGACACUGGAUAAAAAAUCUUUUAAGCAGAUAGGUAAAAGUGAAACUUGUCAAAACUGCAAGUGUAAAACAAAAACAAGAAUGCUGGAAAUAUUCAGCAGGUCAAGCUGCAUCGGUGAGAAGAGAAACAGAGAUGUGGUCCUGACUUGAGUAUUUCCAGCAUCUGCAGUUUUUUUUAUUCGGUUUUCACUAAAACUGUAAGUGUUUGUGCUGUCUGUAUAAAGAACUCCUUCAUACUCCUGCAAAACAAAUAUGAAACUACCUGUGGAAACAAAAGUUACCUCCAAAAGACUGAUUAAUUUGCUCUUCAAGGUCCUCAUUGUAACACUCUCAAUAGUAUAGCAGACCUUUUUAAAGAAAUAUUGUUUUACUCGGACUGAAAGCCACACAUUCCCGUACAAUGCUUAUUCUGUAGGCAAGUUAGUAUCUCAAGCCUGUUUUGCCCUUAAAUUAGAUCCUAGCUGAUCUGUACCUUAAGUACACAUGCUCACCCACUGCUGUAGAAUUUAAUAACUUUGCUUAAAGAAAAUCUGCCAAGGAACUUCAUUGAAGCCUGGUGCAGAUGACAAUAAACUAAUCAGAAUCUGAAUCUAAUCCCUGGGGAAGUGUGGAUUUCUACCACUCUUUGUGUGGAGAAAUUCUUCCUGCCAUCACACCUAAACUGCCUACCUCCAACAUUAUGUAAAAAAAUAAAAAGCAGAAAAUACUAGUGAUACUCGGCAGGUCAGGAAGCACUUGUGAAGAUAGAACCUGUUAAUGUUUCUGGUCAUUACCCUCUUGUCCAGUUCUGACAUGCUGAAUAUCCCCAGCAUCAUCUGCUUUUAUUUCAAAUUUCCAGCCAUUUUUGCUUAUGGAUUAUCUAGUUUUAUGCCCCCUUGUUCCAGCUAAAUGAUUUCUAUCUACAUUGUCAAAUUAUUUGUGCUAUUUUCGAUCAUUUCUGCACUGGCUGCAGUCAGUGUGCAUCAUUUUAGCCUUGAUGUCACUCAAAGUUAAAGUUGAGUUUAUUGUCAUAUGCAUAAGUUACGCAUGCACAAGUACAGUAAAAAACUUACUUGCAGCAGCAUCAGAUACACAACAUUCACAAGAAAAACAUAAGUCGUACAAAAUUAUACAAUCUACUCUGCACCACUCUCCCAAGGACAAUAUAUCCUUCCUGAGAAGUCCAGGACAGACAUCAAAACCAGAGCUUUAUAUAACUACCAUAACUUCUAUUUAUUUAGUAUUCCACUCCACUUGUCUGCAUCAACCUUCCUUUCAAUUUCCAUGUGGCACACUGGCAGACCCUUCAUGCCAGAUUGCUGCAGACAGCAUAACUCAGCAUCCUUUGAUCAGCUUUGAUCAAACCAUGUUGCAAUUGAUAUAACUGGGACCUGUGAUUAGGGAAAACAUUGUGUGUUGUAUUUAAUAACUUUGAAUUGCAUGUAACCAGAGUCGGAAGAGUUUGGGAUUACUUGACAGCAUUUUAGUUUAUGUAUUAUAGAGAAGCUGCUGUUGGAAUUUUGAGUGCUUUGUAGUGAAUUUUUAAAAUAAAUCUUUUAUUAUUUGUAUUUGGCAAUGUAUACUGUCUAGUGUGAUGUAUUAGACAUUUUUGUAGCAGACUUUAAAUAGGUACAUUUAAUGCAAAUAAUCAACAGUUCUACAUUAGAUUGCUUCCCACCAGUUCUCCUCCCACUUGUACCUGUCUCUUCACCUUCACCUCAGGAAUCCUAACCUCUUCCUUCUUUAUGAUUUGCCACCUGGCACUAUUAGAGAUCAGCAACUUCCAUUUGUCUCAACCCUCCUACCUUUGGAGAAGCAACUCCAAAUACUCGUCUAUGCAUAGUGUUAGGAUGUAUACGAAUCAGAACUUCCUCUGCUUGAAUGUUGUAGGAUCCUAAAGUUACCACAUUCAACCCCCACAACAAACUCCACUGCCUCAUCUAUUGCUGAAUGGAUAGUCUUCAGUCUUAGUGUCCUAUUUUCCCACAAAUUUUAUUCAAAUACAGUGCUUUGCUGAAAUCGCCUACUGCCACCACAGUAAUGCUGCUUGUAUCUGCCUCCACCUUAUUUCCACAGUGACGCUCUUGUUAUCCACAUGUCUUCCCCCAGUGCUCUGCUUUCAGUUCUGUGACUCCUGCCUUCACAGAUCUGCUCUUGUUCAAUCCUCUUGCCUCUUUAUUUUCGGCUUACAUCAGUCAACCAGCUUUCUGUCCUUCCACCCAAUGAAUUAAGAAUUCCUGACUGCCAACUGAUUCAUCCUUGAAAUUCUCCUGCCACACCGUCCUUUGCGGCCAAUGUUAGAUGCACAUCCACUAGCUACUAUUCAGUUCUUACACUAGUUUCUGUCCAUUAACCCACAUUUCACAAUGUAUUCUUUUUCCAACUUUUUUUUGCUUCAAAAAAGUGCUGGAAGAACUUACAGAGGUUAUUGACCUUGCAGAGAUUUAUAAAAUCAUGAGGGGCAUAGAUAAGGUGAACAGUCUUUUCUCCGGUGUAUGGGGAUCCAAAAGUGGAGGGCACAAGUUUAAAGUGAGAGUGGAAAGAUUUAAAAGGGACCUGAGGAGCAAGUUUUUCAACGCAGAGGGUAGUCCGUAUAUGGAACGAGCUGCCAGAGGAAAUGGUAGAGGUAGGUACAAUUAUGACAUUUAAAAGACAUUUGGACAGGUACAUGGACAGGAAAGAUUUAGAGGGAUAUGGACCAAACGCAGGCAAAUGGGUCUAUCUUAGGCAAAUUGUUCAGCACAGAUGAGUUGGGCUGAAGGGCCUGUUUCUGUGCUGUAUAAAUUUAUGACUCUAACUCAGCCAGUCAAGAAGCAUCCGGGGAAAGGAAAACCAGUCAACAUUUCAGGUCAAUGACCCUUCAUCAAACAUGUAACGUUGCCUGGUUCCUCUUUCCACAGAUGCUGCUUGACUGGCUGAGUUCUUCCAGCAUUUCUGUUUUUGUUUCAAAUUCCAGCAUCUGCAGUUUUACCUGUUUCCAUUUUUUUUUGCUUGUCCACCCACUCCGUGACUCCUCAUUAACCUACUCCACUUUAUAGAAUAUAGAACACUGCAGCACAGUAAGGCCCUUCGGCCCACAAUGUUGUGCUGACAUUUUAUCCUGCUCUAAGAUCUAUCUAAACCUUUCCUCCCACAUAGCCCUCCAUUCCUCUAUCAUUCAUGUGUCUAUCUAAGAGUCUCUUAAAUGUCCCUAAUGUAUCUGCCCCCACAACCUCUGCAGGCAGUGCGUUCCACGCGCCCACCACUCUGUGUGUAAAAAACUUACCCGACAUCCCCCUUAUACCUUUCUCCAAUCACCUUAAAAUUAUGACAAUGGCUAACACGAGGGGACAUAAUUUUACUGGGCAUCUCUGCCUCCAUUAAGACAACCUGCAGGCCAUUUUAUCACUGACUAGUAACUCAAGCAGUCUCCAUCUCACUGUAGCCCAGCUGGUUGAUACUUCUUUCCGCUCCUAUUGAAUAUUUUUUCUUUCAGUCCCAGUUUACUUUCUUCCAAUGACAAAAAAUAUCACUGCAGGAAACCACCUCAGUUUUUACUAAGCCUGUCAAUUUAUGGAAUAUAUUGAAUAGAUUUUGUUUGUUCUGCUGCUGAACAAAUUCCUCUUCCUACAGACAACAGCUGAGUGUGUGACCUCUUCUUCUUUCCCCAUGAUAAAAAGGAGCAAAAAUAGGCCAUUUGGUCCCUUGAGUGUGCUGUGCCUUUCAGUAAGAUCAUGACUCAGUCUGUGCCUCAUCUCAUUAUCUUCCCUGAUUCCUUACUGUCCAAAAAGCCACCAGCCUCAACUUUGAAUCUCAGUAACUGGACACCCACAGUCCUCUGCAAAGAAAGUUCUUCCCAUCUCUACAGUGGUUGAUGCUUGAUCCUGAGGCCAUGCCCCGAUAAUAUGGACCCAUUAACAGAAAGAAAUAGUUUCUUGGCAUCUCCUCUGCCAAUUCCUUUCAGAAUCAUGGAUGAUUCAUGCUGGGGAUUUUUAUUAAUUCUGUCAUAAGUUCCAUCUCGGGAUUUUUCCUUUCCUUCAUUGACUUUGUUGUUUCUGGGCAUAGAGUUAUAGAGUCAUACAGCAUGGAAAUAGACUCUUCAGCCCAACUGGUCCAUGCCAACCAAGAUGUGCAUCCAAGCUAGUGCCAUUUGCCUGCAUUUGGCCCGUAUCCUUCAGAACCUUUCCUAUCCAUGUACCUGUCCAACUGGUUUUUAAAAGUUGUUAUUGUACCUGCCUCAACCACUUGCUCUGGGAUUUCCAUAUACAUACCACCCUUUGUGUAAAAACAGUUGUCCCUCAAGUUCCUAUUAAAUCAUUUCCCUCUCACCUUAAACCUACACCCUCUUGAUUCUCCAACCCUGGGAAAAAGACUGAGUGCAUUCACCCUAUCUAUGCUCCUCAUGAUUUUAUACACCUCUAAAAGAUCACCUCUCAGUCUCCUAUGCACCAAGGAAAAAAGACCUAGCCUGUCCAACCUCUCCAUAUAACUCAGUCCUUUGAGUCCUGGCACCAUCCUUGUAAAUCUUUUAUGCACUCUUUCCAGUUUAAUAACAUCUUUCCUAUAGACUGUCGUGAAAACUGAACAUAAUACUCCAAGUGUGACCUGACCGGUGUCUUGUACAAAGCAAAGCAAAGGUGAUUAAGCUAUCACCAUCUUGCAUUGGCUACCUUGAUUAGUCAUCUUCCUGCUGUGCUUCCUGCAAAUACUUUGUGAUGUGUUCUCCAUCUCUAUCUCACCCGUGGCGAUAACACCUUCCACACUAAACGCUUUCCUCUGCUGCAAUUCCCCUUUGCUGGGUCAAGUCCAUUUCCUUCCUCUACCCCCCAACCUGUCCUCAUCAUCCAGUACACAAGCCUUUAGGGAAUUCAGAGGAAUUUAAUUUAGAGGGAUAUGUGGGAGGAAGGGGUUAGAUAGUCUUAGGUGUGGUUUGAAGGGCGGCACAACAUGGUGGGCCGAAGGGCCUGUAUUGUGCUGCAUUGUUCAUUGGCUCUAUGGUUCUUUUCUCAUAUAAUUAAAUCUCUUUUCAAUCUUCCUUUUGUAUUUGUUCACUUAAUAAGAGCACGGGAGGUCUAGAUUAC